AUGAGUUCUGCAAACGAGCAGAAGAGCUGCGUUAGGACUACUUCUCCAGGAGGGGGCAGCAAGAGAGAAUUAGCCACGUCGUCUCUCAUCAGAAAAGUGAUCAGCACCGCAAAAGCCCGAGGGGCCAUUGGUCCCUACAGUCAAGCUGUGGUAGUGGACAGGACCGUUUACGUUUCAGGACAGCUGGGCAUAAACCCUUCAAGUGGACAGCUUGUACCAGGAGGAGUGGCGGAAGAAGCUAAGCAAGCUCUUUUAAACAUGGGUGAGAUUCUGAAAGUGGCUGGCUGUGACUGCUGUAAUGUGGUGAAAACAACUGUUUUGCUGGCUGACAUCAAUGACUUCGGUACUGUCAACGAAAUCUGCAAACAAUAUUUCAAGAAUAGCUUUCCUGGGAACCAGCACUUUCCUGCUAGAACUGCUUACCAGGUUGCUGCUUUGCCCAAAGGAGGCCAAGUUGAGAUUGAAGCAGUAGCCAUCCAAGGACCACUCACAACCACAUGA